GUUAUAACUCUGCGUCACCCAGCGGGUCAGAACUGAAACUAAACGAACAGCGGGGAAGUUUCUACUCUCCCAGAUAAUAGCUUUUGUUUGGCAACUGAACUGAGACCUUGUUGAUAAGCAGCCGACCACAGCAGCGUUACCGAGCAGGGGCGGUGAUUCAUCAGAUUAAAAAAAAUUAAAUACAUCGAGUUUCUUUUCCACUUAAAUGAAAGUAGAGUUCAGUUUCUGUCAGUUUUGAAAUGAUGUGGCAGUGAUUCACCUGUUGACUCCUCCCGAACGAGUCGCUACAUGAAGAUAAUAACCGAGACACAGCUGACUUCAUAUGAAAUCUGACUCACAAUUCAACUGGCACAACAUCACACUGUCUACGAUGGCUCAUAACAUCGUUUUCUUUGACCUGGAGACCACUGGAUUAGACACUACAGCGUGUGACAUCAUCCAGGUGUCAGCCGUCUGUGGAGAGAGGGUCUUUAACGUCUACACCCUCCCCCGCCAGACCCUCACCGAGAGCGCCAGGCAGGUGACGGGCUUCACCGUCAGUGACGACAUCCUGUUUCUCCGCGGGGCUCCUGUUGACACCAUCCCUCUUGUUGAUGCUCUCACCUCCUUCAUUGACUUCCUGCGCUCCUUCCGACGGCCCGUGCUGCUGGCAGCCCACAAUGCAAAGCGCUUUGAUGCACCUGUGCUCAACAGAGUGCUGCGACAGCUCUCCCUGCGGCAGGGGUUCCAGAAGGUGGUGUCUGGGUAUGUGGAUACCUUCCUGCUAAGCAAGAACCUCAACCCAGGUCUGCGCAGUCAUUCUCAGGAGUACAUGGUCCGCCACUUCCUAGGAAAGACCUACAACGCCCAUGAUGCAGUGGAAGACGCCACAAUGCUGCAGGAGCUGUUCAACUCAUGGAGUCCCAAUACAUGGCACAUUUCAAGAGUUACCUUUUCCACCUAAGCAUUUUUUUAAAGGCUACAAAAAGGUGGCUGGGUUAGCUCAGUUGGUAGAGCAGGCGCACAUAUAUAGAGGUUUA